UGGCCAGCCAUAUCCGUAUGAUGGCUGAAAGCUGACGCUUGCACUGUAGCGGCCGCUUCUCAAAACGUCAGUUUUGCCCGUGUUGGCCUGCUGUCGUGGCACGUUUUAAGUGCAAAAAUGGGCGCCGACAAGUACAGCAUUUUAUUGCCUACAUACAACGAGAGAGAAAACUUGCCAAUUGUGGUUUGGCUUAUUGACCACUACAUGUCUGAAAGUGGCUAUGAUUUCGAAAUCAUCGUGAUUGAUGAUGGAAGCCCAGACAACACACUCGAAGCAGCCCAACAGCUCCAGAAGAUUUACGGGAGCGACAAAAUUGUACUGAAACCAAGAGAGAAGAAGCUUGGUCUUGGGACUGCAUACAUUCAUGGCUUGAAAAGUGCCACAGGCAAUUUCGUUAUCAUUCUGGAUGCAGACCUGUCUCAUCACGUAAGUUAUGUUACGUUUCUUUUACUGCAAAAAUUGCAGCAAAACCCAUCUCGCAAUGAAUGUUUACAUUAUUGCAAUUCGCAUUCAAGCAAUGUAGCAACGACACACCGUAUUGCUGAAGACACCUUUAUUUACAAUCUGUAUUGUGGCAAAGAGGCUAAGAGUGCCAAUCACGUUAAUACACUAACGGGCCACAUUAGACUUCUGUGUCUACACAUUCAGACGCUACAAAGAAUGCUUCAGUAAACGCAGCCUCCAUAC